GGAGAAAAUAAGACCAAUGUGAACUCAAAAAUCGGGAAUCUAAAAGUCAGGGAUCUGAACGUAUAGAAAAUGGAAUACCAGUGCAGUGAUAUAACCGUAAGGACCAAUGGAAUUCGGACUCGGCCUCGUGACGGCGCCCCCUGACCCGGAGUGUGCGAGCGGCGAGUGCGACGGCUUCGUCGUGCCCCACACAAUCCCUUCGCCUCAGACCGCUACCGUCAACUCCAUGUUCCCUUCCGUCACCACCUCCUCCCCGGCCACCGACGUCGAGCCUCCGGAAGACGCCGACGGCCUGCCCAACCUCUCGUUCCCCGCAUACAUGCAGGGCAUCUACACGACCUGGUGCCUGGUCCUCCUGCUGGUGGGUCUCGCGGGGAACAUCCUGGUGCCUGUCCUGGUGCUGAGGGACCGUGAGCUUCGGGGGGCGUCCACCAGCAUCUUCAUCGUCAACCUGGUGGCGGCGGACCUGCUGGUGCUCGUGGUAUGCCUCCCGGCCCUGCUGUGCGAGCUCUACGCCCCUCCCGACGUCUGGGUCCUCCCGCCGUCCAUGUGUAA